ACUCUGACGCGGGGCUAUGGAGGCUCCUGGCGCGCUGCUGGUGAUGGGUGUGAGCGGCGCCGGGAAGAGAUCGAGCGUGGGCACCAUGCUGGCAUCCGAGCUCGGAUGGAAAUUCUAUGAUGCAGAUGAUUAUCACCCAGAGGAAAAUCGAAUGAAGAUGAGCAAAGGAAUACCCCUGAAUGGCCAGGACAGAAUUCCAAGGCUCUGCAAACUGCAUGACAUUUUACUAAGAGAUGUAACUUCAGGACAACACGUGGUUCUAGCAUGUUCAGCUCUGAAGAAAAUGUACAGAGACAUCUUGAUCAGAGGAAAAGACAAUACACCUUGGAAGUAUGCUGAAUCUAGCAAGGAAGAAGAGCCAGCUGAGAUGAAACUCCUUGUGGUUUAUCUGAGUGGGUCACCUGAGGUUAUUGCCGAACGUCUGUCCAAAAGAAAAGGCCAUUUCAUGUCCCCUGAUUUAUUGCAGUCCCAGUUUGAUAUCCUGGAACCACCAUCAGCUCCAGAAAAUUUUAUCCAAGUCAGUGUGCAAAAAAACCUUCCAGAGAUCAUCACUGAUAUUAUGAAAACAAUGAAAUAAUAUUUC